CGAACGAGCGACAAAAAUGGUGUCUCGGAUCCUCUUCUGGACCGGCUUCGGCCUGGUGACGCGUCUCUGGCAGCUCGGCAUUGAGAUGCGACCCUUCUUCAACAGGCAGUCCCUCUGGGCAUACCCCGUCUUCGGUGCGGUUGGCGCGAGCUUCGGGUACUGGCUGGAGGGCGUGGAUCAGAGGCAGACGGCAAUGCUCCAGGAGCGAAAGGAGGCCAUCCUAGAGAAGAGAGCACGGAGGGCACAGCGGGAAGCCGCUGCGGCCGCGUCAGCGAACGGCACGGCCAUCCAGGCAUGAACCGAGCACAAUGGCGGAAAUUACUACAGCGCAUGACCCCAAGAUGGUGCAGGAUCAGAAGAAGACACGGGGGGCGUCUUGCAAGUCCCGUGAGAUGAGAUGCGGACCGCGAACUAGAUUCCAAUGUGCAAAUUCAUUUUGCCUCCUGCUAGGCGGAGUCCUCAGCCGGCAGAUAGCCAUACGCCAAAAAUAAACCAACAUUACCAAGGUAUCGCACCUCCUUCGACCUGUACUAGCUAGGUAUUAUUCCCUUUAACGGCCUAAAAACACCGGUUCUGCGAUCGCUGGGGGUGAUCCCACUCAGGCGAU